CCUGGCCAUGAGUCUAAAACAAAAUCUUUAUAUCGUGUUACUGCUAGUAACUACCGCUUCACAUGUGGUUCUGUCUACUGUGUACCCUUACUGUGUAGAAAUGCUACCCAGUCCUCUCACCACUGUGGGCGAAGGUCCCGUUUGGGACGUCGAUCGACAGAGCCUAUACUAUGUAGACAUUAUCGAAAGUGCAAUUCUUCGAUACGAUCCUGCUGAAAAUCGUACCUACAGGGCCACCGUCGAUGGAGCGCCGUCUGUCACGAUGAUCAUAAUGAUCCAAGGUAAUCCGGAUCACUUCAUACUCGGAACGGGCAACAAACUCAGUCUCGUUCAGUGGGAUGGUUUUUCAGAGAAGGCAUCUCUCGUACGAAUUGUGGUCGAUUUGGGCGAGUCGGAAAGCCAUGUGCGCUUCAACGACGGCAAGGUUGAUUCCCAAGGACGACUGUACGCCGGUACCAUGCUCCGGGAAGGAGCGAACUCAAGCACUCCGAUGGUUGGUAAGCUGUAUCGUUUCGAUGAACGUUCGGGACAGUUGGUCGUUCAACUGAGCGGUGUUGGAAUCUCCAAUGGGAUCACGUGGAACGAAAAGCUGAGAAAGUUCUACUAUGUGGAUUCUUUGGCACUGAAUAUCAAAGAGUAUGACAUUGCCGCCAAUGGGGAUCUGUACAACGAGCAGAUUUUGUUGAACUUUCCCAACUAACAAUCACUCAUUUAACAGGCACCAUUAUGACGAAUUAAUUCAGCAUAAUGUUGAAUAACAUUUGAAUUAUUUUCACGUACAACCUAUGUUCGGGUUUUGUUCACACAAAUUUGGAGAAGUUAUUAAGCAUCAUGUUGUGCACCAACUUAUUUUUUUGUUGUUCAAAGCGUUUUACAAAUACACAGGAAAGUUGUUAUUCGGCUUUGGCAAAAAUGACUGAAAAUAAAUAAAAUGCAAAAAUGUUGAACUGUCACGAGAGUGUAAUUAUUUGCUCUUAUGUUGAGAACACCUAUUAUGAAAUAAGACUUACAUAUAAAAUUACCUAAAUCCGGAUUAGAACUCGAGACCUGUCGAUUGUCAGCCGCAUGCCUUCCUAUCUGCGCCAUCCUAGAGAUGGUGAGAUGCAGCACCCAAAGCAAAACAUAAUCUUCCCAUGACUCAAUAAUGAUCACUGCUGAACUUGUGUUCAGCAGUGGUGAAUUAGCACAGCACGUGGUAAUCAACUGAACAACGCCUUAUACUUCAACAGCUGUUCAGCCCAAAACACGUGUUUUCCAUUCUGAUUUCGCUGUCAGUAUUUUUAUCGCACGGUGAGAAAACUUGUAUCGAAUGCGGCCAAAAAGUGUUGGUCCUUAUUGAAGAUAUUGUUUCCGGACGUACUAAUUGCGAUAUGAACAUGUUUUUAUUUUUAUUAUUAAUUAUCGAUCUUUAAAAAUGUAUGGCAAUUUGUGGUGCGGUAUGGUCUUGGGCAUGGACAUGGUGCAUUCACAGCAUCUGUUCAGGUAAUCUACUCAUGCUCAGUCGACGAUCCGUUAAGCAAUUGUUUUAUUUAUGCUUUUGUCAUGGAAUCUUGAUACUAUGUUCAAUAAAUUGUGCAUAAGGAUGUUUAGGGAUACUUGAAAUGUGUCGAUUUCUGAAUGUUGUUUGGUUAUCUAAGUGACUGUGGGAACAAUAUUCAGUAAACAGACAGCACUGAAAUGUCAAAUACAUCGAUCCAAGCGUCUCGUACAAUCGAACUGCCGCGGAAGAUGAAACAUAUAAUAAUCAAAUCAUUCCUUAUUACAGACUAAUAAUAAUAAAUAAUGGCCUCAUUUUUACGUUGAUUACGUCUCUUGGCAAUCAAUGUUGAGCCACAUAAUUCUAUUCUGUUUUAUGUUAUGUGAUUUGUUUAAAAUAUUGGUUCUUUAAUAACUUGGUUGUCUAAACAGUUUUAGCCAUGAUUUAUUCCAUAAUCCGAACAAAAUUCCGAGUCAAACUAUGACGGGCUGAAGGCGUUUAUUUGACAAGUGAAAAGCACAUUGUUCAGGAGCAUAUGCUUAUCGAUAUAUCAGCUUAAUACGAUGCAGACAAAUGUUUUGUUAAACUCUAAUGUUAAGGAAUCAAUGCUUGUCGAAUAAAUUUCUUGUUAAACUUUUGAAAAGUGUUUUAAUUUAUUAUUGUUGAUACCGAUGAGAAAAGUCGAACAUUGACUACUUUCUCAAUUGAAAAAUCAUUUAAACAGUAAUGUGUAAAGCAUAAUUUUAGUUCAGCUAUCAUUACCAUUAUUAAGCAACAAUUCAGCAAGCUUGCUUGUUUGUGACUUGCAAUUGUUAGUUGGGUUGGGCCA